UUUGUUCAGGUGCCAGGGCUGGCUGUAGUAAUAGUAGGAAAUAGGAAAGAUUCUCAGAGCUAUGUGAGCAUGAAGAGAAAAGCAUGUGCUGAGGUUGGGAUCAAGUCUUUUGAUGUAGACCUUCCAGAGCAAGUAUCUGAAGCUGAGCUCAUUAGCAAGGUUCACGAGUUAAAUGCAAAUCCUGAUGUGCAUGGUAUUUUAGUUCAACUUCCACUGCCGAGGCAUAUAAAUGAAGAGAGAGUUUUAGGCGAAAUCAGUCUUGAGAAAGAUGUUGAUGGGUUUCAUCCUCUGAAUAUCGGCAAGCUUGCUAUGAAAGGCAGAGAACCUCUCUUCCUUCCUUGCACCCCGAAGGGAUGUCUUGAACUUCUAUCUCGAAGUGGUGUAACCAUAAAGGGGAAAAAGGCCGUAGUUGUGGGUCGAAGUAAUAUUGUUGGAUUGCCUGUUUCAUUGCUACUGCUGAAAGCAGAUGCUACUGUCACUAUGGUUCACUCACAUUCUCAGGAUCCUGAGAGAAUCAUUCGCGAAGCUGACAUUGUUAUUGCAGCGGCAGGGCAAGCCAUGAUGAUAAAAGGAAGUUGGAUAAAACCCGGGGCUGCAGUUAUCGAUGUUGGAACAAAUGCAGUUGAUGACCCAAGUAGGAAGUCUGGUUACAGGUUAGUAGGAGAUGUUGAGUACAAGGAAGCAUGUAAGGUAGCCGGACACAUAACACCGGUGCCGGGUGGUGUUGGUCCCAUGACUGUUGCUAUGCUGCUUAAGAAUACUUUGGAGGGUGCAAAACGUGUAAUCGAACAAUAAAACAACUGUCCUUGUUGACGAUCUCAUGUAUUUUUCGGGUUUUCGAAGUUUGAGUUAUAUAUAUACUUUCUGUAUUGGUCUUGUGCUGUAUUCUAUUCUCAAUUGUCAACUCCUCAUACAUGGUGGAGAAUAAAUCCAACUCGAAAUCUUACAUUUUCAGUUUCGGUUCGAUGGUUUAGGCC